UCCAGGAAUAGAUUUACCAAGGCAACAGGGAGGAUUUUUGGUACUUACUGUUUUGGGACACUAAAACAAACAAACAAAAAACCCAAAACAAAAAACUGAAGAUGCAAAUAAGAGUCCCCACUGAGAAGAAUGGAAAGGGAUUAGGUGGAGUGUUCAACACCCCAAAGAAAAUAAUAGUAGGCAGGGCAAGUAGCCAGAAAGGCACCUCCUCUGCUGUUGGACUGAAGUUAGAUCUGUAAGCAAAAUAGCCCUGCCAGAUAAGUGUGUGGUUUUCCCAUUAUUCAAAGGUCAAAUGCUUCAAUUUCCUUUGACACCUCUAAUUGGGUACCAAAAGCCUGGUAGUUUUUAUCUCAACCCUAUCUUCCAAAAUACAAGUAAGUCUCAUGUAGGGUUAACAUGCAGUCUUAUAUCUGAGGUAUUGAAAUGAUCACCUCUUCCUGCCUCUUUCCUACAGCCACCUCCAGCCUGCUCUGAGCUUCCUUUACAGGGAAGGAAGGUGGCCUCCUUGCUGGCCUCCCUGCCUCCAGCUUUGCCUCAGUUUAAUCCAUGGACCAUUCAUUAUACUCCCAGACGAAUGUACUUCAAUGUCGACUUCGGUAUUUCACGUCAUUGAACACAAAUUUAUCAGAGAGCUGCUAGAGUAGCUUUUCCCAGGAGUUCGCAGCAGCCUGGGCAGCAGAAAUGGUGAAAGCGGGAGACUGGUGUCUUAGUUUGGAUUCCCCCAAAAGUACAGCCUGAGGCGAGGAUUUGGCAGAAAGAAGUUUACUUGGAAGGAGAUCCCAGGAAGCACUGUGAGGGUGUGGAGAAGUGGGGAGGCUGACGGGUAUGGGCAGCCCUGACAGCUUCUCUAUAAUUGCCCCUCUCUCUCUCUCCCUCCCUCUUUCCCUCUUUUUCUGCCCCCCCCCCGAGAUGCACAUAUAUACAUAUAAUUUUUAAAACAAAAAUAAGAUCUUACUAUGCUUUCUGAUUGUUUUGCUUGACUCUCUUGGACAUCAUUCCACGUCAGUAGAUGAUAUAUUCUAUACCAAAAUUGUCAAGGGCGGAAUAGUAUUCCAUUGGGAGGACACAUCCCAUCAGACAUUUGUUCUUUCUAAUUCUGGUUGACAUAAACAAAGAUAUGACAGACAAGAUAAAUCUUUCUAAAAUGUGGCUGUGCACACAUCGUCCCCUUAUUUCUCUCCCGCUCAAAACCCACCAAGAGCUCCCCAUUACCCACAUGGCAAAGCCUCACUUCUAUAACUUGGCCUUUGAGUCUGUCCUGUGUCUGCCUGGAACUUCCCUCUCCCCUACCCCAGCCAGGCAGUUUGAGCCACUGGAUCUUUACAGGCCCUGUCCAGUCCCGCAUCUGCACCUUUGCUCUAGCUGUGUUCCCAGCCUGGGCUGCCCUCUCCCUCUCACGCUGCUUGGCCCCACCCCAAGGGUCUCUACCUCCUUCAGAACUCCACCCUUCAGUGACUGAGUCUUCUCUUUUUCAAGAUCCCUUCUUGUAUUGUUCACUCAGAAGGCACUUUGCACAGUCUUGUAUCUGCUCUCCUUUCAGGGGAAUUUUUCACUUCCCAACAACGCUGGAACCAGCGAGGAUACACUAUUGUGUCUACAGUGCUCAGAAGGGCACCUCACACACACAGGCACCUCCUGGGUCAAAGUUUGCUGACGGUGAGCUUCAUUUCUCUCCCUGGAAUGAGGGUGGAGACGGAAAGACGCGCCUCUGUGUCCUUCCCGCUCACUGCGGGCCUGUGACCACGAUGCCCGAUCGCAGCUUAUGCCCAAGGCCAGAAGACCCGAGGGGACAGCUAAUGCACUGCCCACGGUCCCCAUCUCCUGGAGACAGGGACGAAGGCACAAAGGAGGAGGUGGGAAUGGUCUUUCUGGCUCUAGACACCAGGACUUCUGGGAAGGGGAGCUGAACAGGAGUGGAGGGUGGGGGAAGGAAACUCUGGGGUGCUAAUCCCAGCUUCCUGUCUGGAUUCUCUUCGGCUGCCGCUCAGGGCCUAUCUUAGGAUGGUCACAGCUGCCGAAACAGAUCUCUCCCUUCACCUGUUCUUAAGCAAAGAAGACCUUGAUAAGUUCCUGUUGGAAGAAUGCAAGCUUUGGUAAUUUUUCCGGGAUGAAAGGCAAUAAUGGGGUCACUGAUGUUAAACUCCCCAGACUUUGCUACCUCUUUGGAGCAGCGGCCCCACUUGACCAGGAACCGGGGAGCAAACAGGGGCCAGCAUUUUCCGUGAACUUGGUCGGUGUUUCCUUCCUUGGUGGCCUCCGGAAACCACUCUUGGCCCGCAGGACGGCCCCCUGACUCGGAGUGACAGGGAGCAAAUCCUCUCUGCCUUCCUCAUUCACCUGCCCCUGGCCCCCAGCCUGAUCCAACGGAAUUCUCCACUCCUAACUCAUCAUCCUAGUCAGCUGGGCACCGGGCCCCAAAAACCAAGUGUCCGAGUUGGGGCGGGCCUCCCCAGCCACUCACGCAUUCACUCAACAAACUCGGCCCCCCAGGCUCCGUGCCGGGGAUGCCCAAGGGUGCGAGGUACGGCGAGGGAUGAGCCGCGAUGCCCAGGCAGUCACGGCGCGGGGGUUUGGAUGUGGACAUCUGGGAGAGAGUUGGGCCUCCGGGGGGUGGGGGUGAGGGUCCUCAGGACCCCUUGUCCCUAGAGGUGGAGAGAGAAGAGCAGGAGGCGGCGACAAAGGGCGAACGUCCCAGGCACCGGAACGCUGGCGGGACCUGCGCAUGCGUAGGAGGAGACUUUGGCGUCGCCCAGCGUCGUCAAGGUAACCCUGAUCCGCAGCAGCUGGCCAUGGCCUCAGGAACUGGAGGGAGCUGGGGUCAUCCCCCAGCGCAGACUGCAGCCCCGACGCCCUGGGUGACCAUUCUGCAGCCCCUCCUGUGGGCCAUCCCACCUCCGUCCCCACAGCCGGGCCGCGUGAAGGAAGACCUGCUGCAACUGAUGGCGCUGCAGAACGCGCAGAUGCACCAGCUGCUUCUGAGCGGCCAGGUGGCAGCGGCGCUCAACCAGGGGCUUAUCUGGUCCGGCCCGCAGGUGCGUGGGCUGGAGGUGGGGGAGUGGGGGUGGGCUACCAGGGCUGCCCACAUGCAGGGCCAGAGGUGGGCAUCCAUUGCCCUCAGGGGGCCCUUGGGAGGGGCGCCCUACCUCAACAAGUGGGGCACAAGUAUCAUCUCCCCUCCCCUCUUGCACGAUCCCCAGGUCUACUUGGAGGGGCAACAGGAGGCGGCGGCAGCGUAUGAAGAGGAGGAGGAGACCAAAGCCCAGGAGGAGGGGCCUUUGGUGUUCCACCACCACUACCUGCCCUGCCUGAUGCCUGCUCUGGGCCCCCUGCUCCCCUGGCCGGCCCCUCUCCCUUCCCCUCCCCUACCUCAGCCCUGCUUGCAGCACUUGGCCGGGGUCCAGCACUACCCUUCUACCUCUGGGAAAAGGGGGGCGUAAGUG